UUUUUCCAUACUUUUCAAGAAAAUCGUAAACCGUCGCCGAUUUUCCAAGCAAGAACGUUGAAACUCUCACGAGCUAGAAGUAUAAAACUGGAGUAUAUUUGGAAAACAAGAGAUCAAACGGCAAACUAUUGCUUUCAAAGAGACAGUCCAUAUGUCAAAGCGAUUGUUUGUAAUCAUAGUUGCCAGAUCAGCCGCUAAGGGGCGCCGCCCCUCAGUAAGUCAGAAAAAUCAAAGAGGAAUGCAAAGGAGGAGAUAGGUAUGCUUACGCUUACUCUCAUCUUUCAUUGAGAUUGCAUUUAUUGUUGUAUUGAAGGUUAUACAAGAUCAUUGCUAUUAUAGUUGUGAUCAGUGGUUCUUAUGAAGUGAAUUACUCUGACUGCGUUAUCAAUAUGUCUUUCGCUGCGUUAGAAAAUUUUGCCGUUGACAAUUUUGCUGCAGACAAGUUUGUCAAAGACCUCAGCUCAAAGUGCAUUGGUGCUGAUGAACUCAGGCUGCAGCGAGCAAAAAUCCAAGAAUUGGCAGACAACACAUCUGCAUCAUUAAAGCAAAAUGUUUAUCAAAAUUAUAUUCAAUUCAUUGAAACUGCCAAAGAAAUAUCUCAUUUGGAGAGUGAGAUGUAUCAAUUGUCCCAGUUAUUGAGUGAACAGCGAUCGCUUUUGAGUACCUUAGAUAUUAGGAGAAGCUCCAAUGUACUUUUGCAAAAUGAAACACCAGCAGAAUCAGAAAAUGUUUCAGACCAACAAAAAGAAGAUGAAGUUAAGAAAAAAUUAACAAAGCUUUUAGAAAAUGUAGAAGGUGCUUUAACUCUUGUAGAAACUCCAGGUCGAUUGUGUUUGCAUGAAGGCACUCUUCAAGAGUUAGAUCCAAUAGAUGGUAAGCCAAUGAAAAAAAUUCGUGCUUACUUGUUUAAUGACAUUUUGAUGACUGCUUCUGAAUUGCCAUAUGAAACCAAAAAGGGUCAACCUCGAUACAGAAUGCAAGUAGUUUAUGAAAUUCAAAGUUUAGCUGUUGUGAAUGUUAAAGAUCGUGGAAGUGUAAAUUUAGCUUUUAAAUUGUUAGCUUUUCCUGAUACAAGAGUAUUUCAAUGUUCUUCUGCCACUAGCAAGAAGGAAUGGCUUGAAAGUUGUGAGCAAGCUAAGAGAUUAAAGCUUUGUCAAGGAAAUCUACCUAAUGAUAAUAAUAAAGAACCUUCUCCAAAAUUAGAAAGAGCAUUUUCAAUGUCAAUGUCAACUGCAGAGGAAGAGAAUCAUGUAGUUUCAUACGCUCCUCUUCCAGAUUGGAUCUUAGAAAUAUCAGAAAGUUUGGAUUCUUUUAUAGCUCAACGCCACUUUGAGGAAGCCUAUGACUUGCUGCAAAAAGCUACAUCAUUUUUGCAAACUGUUGAGGCAAGUCCACAAAUAUUAAAAGAAAUGCAAGGGAAAUGUAAAGAAAGAUCAAAUUAUUUGAUCUCAAUUCUCACAAAGGAACUUGAAUCAACAAUGGAAAUAAAGUCAUUACAAGGUGGUGGUUUAAGAAGUGCCAAGAGGGCUGUUAAGCUAUUAAUAAAACUGGAUCGUAGUGCAAAAGCAUGUCAGUUAUUUUUGAAAUUGUGUAGUGCAACCUUAAAAACAAGACUAAGAAAAAUUAAAAGAGAAGGAGCAAUUGUUCAUUACGUCAAACAACUCAGCGCUAUUGCAUUUAAAAAUAUAGCUGAAAUGUCUCAAGAGUUUUUCAAUGUCUUUUCAGGUCUACCACACUGUAAUUCAGCUUUUGCAGUAUGGUGCAGUCAUGAAUUGAAAACUCUUACUUGUCAUAUAAUUAAACAAAUUUUCAUUCCACAAGUUUCAUUAAGUACUAUUGUGGAUUGUAUCAUUACUCUCAGAGAAGAUUCCGAACAAUUGACUCAGAUUGGUUUAGAUUAUAGAUAUCAGCUUGAUGCUCAGAUAAGAGGACCAUUAAGUAAAAUUUUAAGGGAGACAAAAGAAAAGUAUGUAGAGGCUAUUAAAUUAAGAGCGUCAGAGGAAAAUUGGAAUCCUAGUAACUUUCAAACACCUCAAAAUGCUGACAAAGUACUCAUGGAAUUGGAUGAUAUAGGAAUACCACUGCCAGAAAAUCUUAUAAAAAAUAAAUAUAUAAUCCCUUUAACAAAUAAUACAUUAACUUUUGCUAAAAUGUACAUAGGAUUACUUGAAGAUUGUCUCAAUUUAGCUACUCCAGAAAUGAUUGUUUUAAUGGAAAAUUUGUUGAUAUCUAUUUUACAAGUGCAGUUGGAACAUUUUCAAGCAUCAAUGAGAAACCCCAAAUUUAAACAAAAAAGAAGUUUAAUACAAGACAAUGCUAAGUAUAUAAAAGAAGUUAUUAUAGCUCGAAGUAUUGAGUUGCACAAAAGUGUUACUGGACAUCAAUUCAGGAAUUUGUUAAUUUUACAAAAACAAUUUAGUAUGGAUUCACCAGGUUCACCCAGAGAACCUCAACCUGCUCCAAGAAUAUCAGUACAGAAAUACUCAACUACAGAGUAUAUUUAAACAAGACUGUUGUAAAAAAACUCAAAUUAAUCAUAAUACUGUAAAUAAAAAUUAUUAUAUGCAUGUAAAUAAAUUGUUGAAAAAAUAUAUAAUCGGUGAAGUAUAACAGAUUAUUAUUGUAUAUGAGAUUGAGUUAAUUUAUAAGUGUACCCUGAAAAACCUUUACACUUGAAGAAUAUUCACAAAUGUUAAGAUAUUUGCUUAAGAAUUUUAUAAAACAUAACAUAUAAAAAGUUG